CGCAGGUCCCAGGGGGCCGCCAGCGCUGGCGGGAGGCCGGGAGGAGCGGCCGCCGACGCAUCCGCCGCCGCCGCAGGAGGCGGAGCGCUGCACCUGGCGGCGGGUCCUCGACGCUCAGCCCUGAAACGGGUCCAGCCGGUAGCGAGCGGCGGCGGCGCCAGCCGGGGACGGAGGAGAGAAGGUCGCGCCGGCCGGUGCGCUCCGCUCUCCAUUCCCGGUCUCCCUACCAGCUCUGCAUCCCUCCGCGCGCCCCGCCCCGCCCGCCGCAGCCCCCGAGGCGCGAGCCGCCCGCCCGAGAUGGUGCGCGCCGCCCCGACAGCCGCCGCCCCGGCGCCCAGAGCCUCCGCCCCGCUCUCGGGGGAGAUGGCUCCCCGUGCCUCGCUCAGCUGAGCGCCGCCGCCGCCGCCGCCCGCAGCAGAUCAACCACCAACAUUUUGAAGGUCCUAAACUUUCUGAUGGUGGUGGUAAGCCAUGGCGACGGAUGAUAAAGUUGCCAUCUUAACUGACGAUGAAGAGGAACAGAAGAGAAAAUAUGUGCUUGCCGACCCCUUUAAUGGUAUUUCCAGGGAACCAGAAGCACCUUCAAAUGAAACGCCCUCCCCCACUGAAACAGCUGCUCUUCCUGAGGAGGAAAUAGACUGGAUAGAGAAACACUGCGUUAAAAUAAACAAUGAUCUUCUAAUUUCCAAGGUUUUUUAUUUUUUCUUUUACUCUGCAUAUGGCUCUCUUUACCCACUUCUGCCGGUGUAUUAUAAGCAGCUGGGAAUGUCACCAAGCCAGAGCGGGCUGCUCGUGGGUAUUCGGUACUUCAUUGAAUUCUGCAGUGCCCCUUUUUGGGGUGUGGUUGCAGAUCGCUUUAAAAAAGGCAAGAUCGUCCUUCUCUUUUCUCUUUUGUGUUGGGUUUUAUUCAACUUGGGCAUUGGAUUUGUCAAACCCGCUACCUUGCGAUGUGUACCAAAGAUUCCCCCAACAGCUCGCCCCACCAAUUCAAGUCCCCCGUUCACUGUCCUGCCAACAAAUUCUUCCAUUACCACAUCACCUAGAGUUCGUGAGAAAAGGUACCUGCUUCCUUACGAAGGGCCAAUGAUGUUCGAAGCAGGGCCCAAUGUCACGGAAACUGUCAUCUUCUCGACAGCUCUGAACAAGACCAGCAUGCCCACUCUGCAGCCUCAGACAGAUGAAAUUACGGACCAUAGCAUGGACUUGACCUCGAACCCAGGCACUGCAACCUCUGUGCCCCCAGGAAAUGCAACCAGGGAGACAACGACCUCUAUUGUCACUACCGCCAAAUCUUUACUUUCUGACCAAGUCACUCUUAUUUAUGAUCAACAAGAAGUAGAAGCUAUAUUCUUAGUGAUCUUGGUAGUUGUCAUAAUAGGAGAAUUCUUCAGUGCUUCCUCCGUCACGAUUGUGGACACGGUGACCCUCCAGUAUCUGGGAAAGCACAGAGACCGCUAUGGGUUGCAGCGCAUGUGGGGUUCCCUGGGCUGGGGCCUGGCGAUGCUGUCCGUGGGCAUCGGCAUUGACUACACCCACACAGACGUGCUCAUCGAUGGGAAGGGGUGUAAGCCCCCUGAGUACCGGAACUACCAGAUUGUCUUCAUCGUCUUUGGGGUUCUCAUGACCAUGGCCUUGAUCGUCGCUACUCAGUUCCGGUUCCGCUACAACCACUUCAAAAAUGGUGACAGUAAAGGGAAAGAGGUGGAGAUCCCUCAGGUGGAGAGGAACAGCUCCACAGAGUCCUCGGAGGAGACACCAACCACCACCAGCCACUCGCAGGCCUUCAACUUCUGGGACUUAAUCAGGCUGCUUUGCAGCGUGCAGUAUGGCUCCGUGCUGUUUGUGGCUUGGUUUAUGGGUUUUGGAUACGGCUUCGUGUUCACCUUUCUUUACUGGCAUUUGGAGGACCUGAAUGGAACGACAACCCUCUUUGGGGUCUGUUCAGUCCUGAGCCAUGUGUCUGAGCUGACGGCUUAUUUUUUUAGUCACAAGCUUAUUGAAUUGAUCGGCCACAUCAGGGUUCUGUACAUUGGCCUGGCCUGCAAUACGGCUCGCUAUAUUUAUAUUUCCUACCUGGAAAAUGCCUGGACUGUUCUCCCCAUGGAAGUUCUUCAAGGAGUGACGCACGCGGCCAUCUGGGCAGCCUGCAUUUCUUAUCUCAGCGCUGCGGUCCCGCCCGAGCUGAGGACGUCUGCACAGGGCAUCCUGCAGGGCCUUCAUCUGGGCUUGGGGAGAGGUUGUGGUGCCAUGAUCGGAGGCGUGUUGGUCAAUUACUUUGGGGCUGCUGCAACCUUCCGAGGAAUCGGCAUGGCCUGCCUGGUGAUCCUCCUGCUCUUCGCCCUCAUCCAGUGGCUGGCGGUGCCAGACGAGGAAGAAGACAAGACGAUGUUGGCAGAAAGGAUUCCUGUUCCCUCUAGUCCUGUUCCCAUAGCAACCAUUGACUUGGUCCAGCAACAGACGGAAGACGUUAUGCCACGCAGUGAGCCCAGAAUUCCACCCAAGAAAACCAAGCACCAGGAAGAACAGGAGGAUGUGAACAAGCCAGCGUGGGGGGUCAGCUCCUCUCCCUGGGUGACCUUUGUCUAUGCACUCUACCAAAUUAAAGAGAUAAUGCAAUUAACAAGAGACAACCGUGCUUCUGAGAUACAGCCUUUACAGGGGACCAGUGAGAAUCGGGAAGAUUCUCCAGCUGGUAGAGCCCGGCCUGGACCACGUGAGACUCACUCUGACCCAUCUAGAAACCAGCCAUCCCCUCAAGCAGCAGCAUCUCAGACGCAGAGCAGCCCUGCUCACGUGGACGGGCACGUGGAGGAGAGUGAGGACCAGCAGGCUCGGCCUGCUGCUGGGGGACACUGAGGGGUCCCGCUCAUCUCACCCUGCAUGGAACUGGGGUCCUCUGCCAGGACAGAGGGAGAGGUGCCCCGAACCUCGCAUACACCUCACCUUGAGGAGCAUAGCACCACAUACGCUUCUAAAUACCUGAACCCAUCACCAUGGAAACACACACCAUAGGAGCUACAGUACAUAUGGGCGGAAACAGGUCACCUUCCACAGUCCCACUGGAAUCACAGGAGGAAAGUGGAGCUCAGUGAGGACUUCCAGUUCUUCGGUUGGUUAGGCUAAGGACUACAGGACUUCUCUGCCAGGGCAGUAAGAGUUGAAACCAGCAGUUACACUAGAUGAGCAGAGGGAAAGAAAGUGUUUCAAGGUGAAUGCUGAUGUAAUUUCCCUCUUCUGAUUAUUUAUUCUAAUUAUUCGGUUCUUAAUGCAAACUGGGAAGAAACAGAAUACAUCUAUACUUUUGUUUAUCUUAAAACCAUUAAAGAAAUUAUAAGACAUAUUUUAAAAGUAACCAGAUAAAAGUUAGUAGCAUAUAUGCUUUCGUUUAAAAAAAAAGGGAAAAGUUUCAUCAGAAACUUGGCAUAUCUCUAGCAAAUAUAUUUUUAUAUGUGUAUGGUAUAUAAUGAAAAUCGUCAAUUCUUUGAGCAGCAAAAGCUGUUACUGACUACUUGCAAGCUAAGCUGAGCUUUAAAAAUGCCUUUUGUUUUAAAUGGGCUUUAAGACCAGAGAGAAUAUUUCAAAUCAACCAACCAACUCAGUAUCUGGUGGUUUGACAGACAUGGGUUUACUAAAUAUAUCGAUACUGUAAACAGCCUCUAUCACUAUUUACAAUUUUAUAGUGAUUUAGGCUCUAAUUAGCUGAUGGAAUAAAAUAAGCAAACAAUCACUGAAUUCCUAAGGGUUUCUUUAAUUAAACAGUACUACUUGCAGAUAACAGUAUAAGAUUUAAGUGCCUGGGGAAGGGAUACAAUUAUUUUAACUUACAUAAUGGUUUAGUUUUUGUUUCCUUUUUGGUGAGGGGAAAAGGUGGUGAAUAGGAAACUAGGAGUGGAAAGACAGAAAUAAGUAAGCAUACUUUCCAAUGACUACAGAAACAAAUCUCAGUCUAUUCUUCCCCUGAAGACAAACACUGGACAGUUCAGAUAGGGGUGAGCUACUGUUGUAAAUAGUACAACCACAGUCAGAACAAUGGCUGGGAGACUCAUGCAUGAAAGCUUGCUGCUAAAGAUGAAAGCUGGGGGAGGGCCGUGGAAAAGGAAACACUGUUAAGCUGGAGGAAGGUCAAUGAUGUAGUGUGUAUAUGAGCUGGUGGAUAAGCACAGGAGAGAGGUAAUACAAGAGUUAAAAAUGAGCAGCUCACCUUGCUCUCUGACACUGACUAGGCAGGACCAGCUGUAAAGUGAGGGCUUUUCCAUGACACCAUGCUUCUGCCCACAACUGCAUCUGGGAGAAGAAACUCUACACUGGAUAUCUAGCUUCACCACAAAACACAGCUUAAAAAUAAAGUGACAGAAAGAAAUAGUAAGCAAAUAGUUAUUUUUGCACUUGAACUGAAAUGUACUGUACUGUAAAUUAUCAUGACUCAUUUUAAGUGACCUUUAAAGAUCAGAUGUAUUUAUUAUGCUUAUGUAAUUAUAGAAAGAAAUAAAUGGGUGACAGGCCGAACCUCACCUAUGAAUGUACAGUAUGUGGAUUUGUGAAACUGACUGUAGGAAGUCAAAAAACUUAUACUGUAUCUUGUGUUUACAGUUCUGAUUUAUUCUUCCAAAAAGCCUGCUGUUUUGGAAAUGCACAGUUGACAUGUUGAAAUAAAAAAUAAAUACCAUUUUUAAAUGUUUCUUAAAUGAUAAUGAUGUGACCAAACAAAUAAAAGUCCUUCACACUGUAA